AUGGUGUAGGCACCUUUCCCUGGCACAGCUUGUCCCCUGGCAUGGCAUGGGCACAUCUUCCUGGCACAGCUGAUGCCCUGGCAUGGCACAAUGACCCUUCCCUGUCAUGGCUGGUCCCCUGGUGUGGCACGGACACCUUUCCCUGGCACAGCCUGCUCCCCUGGAAUGGUGUGGGCACCUUUCCCUGGCACAGCUUGUCCACUGGCAUGGCAUGGACACCCUUCCCUGGCACAGCUUGUCCACUGGCAUGGCACGGACACCUUUUCCUGGCCAAGCUGGUCCCCAUGGCAUGGCACAGGCACCCUUCCCUGGCACAGCUUGUCCCCUGACAUGGCACAGCCCCCAGCACUGAUCACCGCAGCCCCGUUGGCACUGCCCUGAUGCCAUGUCCUUUGCCGGCAGGAGAUCGCCAAGCACUUUGAGCACAAGUCGGGGGAGGACUACGAGGUGGUGCUGGAGGCCAUCGACACCAUGACCUGCGUGGCCUGGUACAUCAACGACAUGAAGCGCAAGCACGAGCACGCCAUCCGCCAGCAGGAGAUCCAGUCGCUGCUGCUGGGGUGGAAGGGCCCAGACCUGACCAGCUACGGGGAGCUGGUGCUGGAGGGCACCUUCCGGGUGCAGCGGGUGCGCCACGAGCGCGCCGUCUUCCUCUUCGACAAGACCCUCCUCAUCACCAAGCGCCGCGGCGACCACUACGUCUACAAGAGCCACAUCCCGGUGGGUGCCGAGGGUGGGGGCUCGGUGGCGGCGCUGGCAGAGUGCAUGAGGAGCAAGGCCCAGGCUCGGUUCCUGCGCGAGUGCCAGGAGCGGCUGCGCCACGCGCUGCCCCUCGGUGCCUACCUGCUCAAACCCGUCCAGAGGAUCCUCAAGUACCACCUCCUGCUCCAG